AUGCGGCCUCACAAGAAAAAGAAACCAUUCAUAGAGAAGAAGAAAGCAGUGACAUUUCACUUAGUGCACAGAAGUCAGAGGGAUCCACUUGCUGCUGAUGAUACUGCGCCCCAGAGAGUUCUGCUGCCUACACACAAAGGGCACGAGGAGCAAAGGAGGGAAGAGCAGCGGAAGUAUGGAGUCUUCUUUGAUGAUGACUAUGACUAUUUGCAGCAUCUGAAAGAAGCCUCUGGUCCCUCUGAGCUUGUCCCUUCUGUGCGUGGACCGCAAAGCAGAAUUGUUGUCACAAAUGAGGGGCACAUAGAAGACGAAAUUCAGCGAGUUCCAGCUCCAUCUAUUAAGUUGCCUUCCUCAGUAUUUGCCACAGAGUUUGAAGAGGAUGUGGGCUUGUUAAAUAAAGCUGCUCCUGUUUCAGGACCACGGCUAGAUUUUGACCCUGAUAUUGUUGCAGCUCUUGAUGACGAUUUUGACUUUGACAAUGCAGAAAAUACUCUGGAAGAUGAUUUUGUUCUACAAGCAAAUGAGCUGCAGAAAGGGCGAUCAGAUGCUGAGGAUGAAGAUGAAUGGGAGGAUGUGGAGAAAGAUAGUGAUGAAAAGGAUAGUUGCAGUAAUGAUGAAGAGUAUGAUUCAGAAGGCCCUUUAUCAGAUGAUGGGGUUAAUGGACAGACAAAAGAAUUUCUUUUUAUGCAAGAAGAAACCAGGAGUCGUUUCACAGAAUAUUCGAUGACAUCUUCGGUAAUCAGGAGGAAUGAACAGUUAACCCUGUUGGAUGACAGAUUUGAGAAGUUUUUUGAACAAUUUGAUGAAGAUGAAAUUGGAGCCUUGGAUAAUGUGGAGUUAGAAGGCUAUAUUAACACAGACAGUGCUCGGCUGCAGGAAGUCCUGAAUGACUACUACAAAGAGAAAGCAAAGAAUUGUGUGAAACUGGAUGCUCUUGAACCCUGUGAAGAUUUAAACUCUGCUGUGAAUGAAGAAAGUGAGGAAGAAAAGGAAGAAAUAGUAGCUGUAGUUAUUGAGGAACCGAAAGAAAAGUGGGAUUGUGAAUCCAUUUUGAGUACAUAUUCAAAUUUAUAUAAUCACCCAACACUCAUUAAGGAGCCAUCAAAGCCCAAACCAAUAAAAGUUUCGCAGAAGACCGGAAUUCCCCUACAUGUCUUGCCUCAGAAAGGUCUCACUGCUAAGCAGAUUGAACGCAUGCAAAUGAUUAAUGGCAGUGACCUGCCAAGAGUGUCAACACAGCCCCGUUCCAAAGACGAGAGCAAAGAGGAUCGCAAAGCUAGAAAACAGGCAAUAAAAGAGGAACGAAAGGAACGCAGAAUGGAGAAGAAAGCCAACAAGCUAGCCUUCAAACUGGAGAAAACAAGGCAAGAAAAAGAGUUGCUCAAUCUGAAACAAAACGUUCAAGGACUGAAGCUGUCUUGAUGAAACCGAGGAACUUCUUGUAGAAGCAACCGUAAUUUUUCAGUUGUAUUGAGAAGGGAACAGCUAACUCAUAGCUUUGCCAGCCAUGAUCAAAGGGGGUUAUUCAGACAAGAACCAAUAACUUGUUGUUCUUUCUGAAACAAAGUUAUACAUAAAAUAAUGUACAAGUGAUGUCUAUUCUAUCCUG